AUGCCCAAUGCCCGUCUCUCCGAGGAGCUCAAGAAUCAAUUUGUUGGUGCCAUGAUUGCUGACCCGAACAUCAAAUUGCAUGCGACAACACUUGGUAUCCGUUAUGAAAUGGCUCGAAAGAUAUGGAAGAAGUUUUCGGACAAGGGCUCGGUUGAAAAUAUACCUUCCUCUGGACGUCCCAAGAAGAUCUCCAAGGCCUUGGAGCGGAAAAUCUUGAAGACGGCACGUGCCAAUCGUCGCAUGCCAUUCGAGGACAUCGGCAACCAAAUUGAUCCGCCUGUCAGCGCCCGAAGCGUUGGACGAGUUCUCGACAAGGAGGGAAUGCAUCGAAGGGUUGCCAGAGUGGUUCCGUAUCUCUCAGACAACCACAAGAUGGCGAGGUUGGCAUGGGCCGAGCGAUUGGCAAAGAAGACCGAACGACAGUGGGGGCAUGUCAUCUGGUCUGAUGAAUGUUACAUUCAUUUGGACAGCGGCGGCAAGCGAGUUUGGGUUACACGGACUAGUGACGAGGUCUAUGAACAGGACUGUCUGGUUCCCCGGUUCAAACAGUCACCGAUUCGGGUCAUGGUCUGGGGUUGCAUCACGCAUGAUUGGAAGGGACCAUUGAUUGUGCUGGAAUAUCCCGGCGGUCGCGGUGGAGGAAUGACGGCAGACCAAUAUCAGAAGCAAGUUCUGAAGAAGGUUGUUGAGGGUGCUCUUGAGGAGGUCAAAGCACAACGCGGUGGGCGCGGCAAGAUCGAGUUUCAGCAGGACGGUGCUUCUUGUCACACAGCCAAGUCAACAAAAGGGUGGCUCGAGUCCCACAAAAUCCCUCUUUUCCCACAUCCUGCUUGCUCUCCGGACGUCAGUCCUAUUGAACCAGUAUGGCAUGAGCUGAAGAAACGAGUUCGGGCUCAUCGGCCGCCGCCGUCGUCGUUCGAAGCACUCAAAGCUGUCAUAUUGGAGGAGUGGGAAAAGAUGCCGAUUGAUGACAUCAAUAAGUACACACGUGGCAUGCGGUCACGUGUACAGGCUGUUUUAGAGGCUAACGGAGGUCAUACAAGGUUUUAG